GUAUCUGUUGUCCAGGAACACCACUCCGGCACAGAGGUGCAUUGUCCACAGCUUUUUUAAUUAAAAACCCCUAGUCCACACUCUGCGCCAGGUGAUCCGAGCCGCUUCAAGCUCACAUGUAUCUACCCCAAUCCGCUCCACGGGGUUUAAGUCUCAGUGGAUAAUUGAAUGGGGAAACAUUAUACAGCGAUCAUGGGAUGGAGGAAGGAUUAUCUAAUGAGGGCUUUGACUUAAGAGUAAUGUGAAUAAUGGGAUUUUUUCUCUCUUCUCUCUACAGUCUCUCCUCAGUUAUGAGGUUGUGAAAGAGGGAGGUGGGGAUGAAUUCCUCUUGUUCCUGAUCUCUGCUAAAUUACAGAAUCAGUCAGAAUCAGUUGCAAGCAGGUUUCCAAUCAGAGUCGACAUGGCACUUGCAGAGAGAGGACUCAAGGUGAUUUUUCUGCUUUUUCUGCCUCUGCUGAGCACCAGCUGUGCCACCACUAAAAAAUCUACAGUCUCCUGGUGUGUGGUGUCAGAUGCUGAAGAGCAGAAGUGUCUGGAUUUGGCCGGCAAUGCUACGGCCAAAAAUGUGAAAGGAACACUGGAGUGUGUCCGUGGGCUGAACGCUAGAGACUGCAUGAACAAGAUCAAGAAUGGAACAGCAGAUGCAGCCUCCAUGUUUGCCGAUGACAUCUAUGCGGCGGGUUUCUGCCAUGGUCUGGACCUGGCAGCAGGAGAGUCCUACAAUCGAGUGGAUGGCAUUAACUACUAUGUGGUGGCGAUGGCCCGCCGCUCCUCCUCAGACCUGUCCUUGCUGGAAAUGCACGAGCGCAGCUCCUGUCACCCCGGCAUGCGCACCACUGUGGGCUGGACCGUUCCAAUCGGCUACUUGGUCAACACAUCCCAAAUCAGUGUGGGGGAGCAGUGCAACUUCCCCAAAGCGGUGGGGAACUUCUUUGGUUACAGCUGCGUGCCCGGUGUUAGGGAUCCUCAGCACGAUCCCAGUGGAAUCAACCCAAAGAACCUUUGUGAGGCCUGCAUAGGAGACGAGAACGACAGACACAUCUGUGCCAACAAUCACAGAGAGAGGCAUUAUGGAGAGGCGGGGGCGCUGAGAUGUGUUGCUGAAAACCUCGGGGAUGUUGCUUUUGUUAAACACAAUACUGUCUUCGACAACUUAGAUGGUAAGAACCAGGAGUCCUGGGCUCUCGAUCUGGAGGUGGAGGACCUCAAGCUGCUGUGUCCAGAUGGAACCGAGGCGGCUCUGAAUGAGUAUGAGCAAUGCCACCUGGCAGCGGUCCCAGCCAACGCCGUUGUGGUGCGCGUGGAGGAUAAGUGCCGCGUCUGGAAAUACCUGGAGCGUUUGCAGAAUGUGUUUGGCAAUGCCGCGGAGGGCUUCAGCUUGUUCAGCUCAGCAGACUACGGCCAAGCGGAUCUGCUCUUCAGCGAUGCCACCCACCACCUGCUGAGAGUUCUAGGAAGCUACACCUCCUGGCUGGGCCCCACUUAUACCACCAUGCUGCAAGCCUUCGAGUGUGAGGGCUUCUGCUGAUGGAGGAGGCGGAAGACAUGCAGCCCAUCAACCUCCACCUCAUCCUGCCGUCUCUUUCCUCCACUCCUGCCUUCCCUCCCUGCCAUCUGCGCCUCACUGUCCUCCUUUAUUUGCGUUCUCUUUCCACCCUGCAUUCUGCCACCCAGGCCUCUAUCAUUGCAGCCUCCCGCUAACUUAGAUUGUCCUCUAACUUGCUGACUGGCAGGGCAGGACAAUGCAAUGAGGGGCUAAUCAGCGAUUAAAAUGUCCAUGAAAUUGAACUCUAUAUUUUCAUGAAAAGACACUGGGAAAGAGGGGUAGAAACUUAAAAGUAAUGCAUGACAGUAGAGUAGAAAUGCAAGUUAAUUUCUUUUUAUGGUUCUAGCGCUUCUGGCAGAUUAAAUCUCUUUCUAAAAGAGCUGGCUUUUGAACCUCCUUCAUUCAUCCUCAAAAAUGAAAUAACCCGCACAAAAUAAGUCCUGUUAAUUGUUCCUGCCCUGUAUGUUUGUAAGGAAAUGGCAUCCUGCUUAAGCUUCCACACCAACCCUCACCCCUCCUUCCAACAGGGUCCGUCUCUGGCACUGAACAACCUGGUGCUAUUAAGUUUAAGCAUAGGAGUCUCAGUUACUGUACGUGCAUUUAUGUGUGUGUGUGUAAAUAAGUGCACAUGCUUUCCCACAGCCUUCAUUGCCAUAAUUGGCAGUCGGCAUGUUAUGCUGUUAACGUGCAGCAGAGGAAAACUGUGUGUGUGUGUUCAGUUAUGUGUCAGUAUGUGCGGAUUGCCACUUUCCCAUGGCUUGUUCGGCUCUCUGUUUUGGAUCACUGCUUUCCCCUCGUCUGUUGUGUUGGACCGAACGUUGCCACUUCAGUGUAACACUAUAUGUUCAGGAGAAAAAGGCCACUGUGACUCAGCGCUGCCUGCAGUGGUCCCAGAGCGAGUCUUUAGAACAAACUUUCAUUUCGUCUUAACAGAAGAAAAACAUUGUUGUUGACGUUUUCUGUGGUUGCGGUGCAGUAACUGUGUUUUUCACCUCACGGUCAACACUUUUCUGAGCUCAGACAAGCUGAAAAGCUGGAUGAAGUUCUCCUCACUGAGUUGUGAUUUUUUUUUUAUGUUGUAAAAGAAAAUCAACAGCUGUCACAGCAGACAGAGUUGUGAGCAUUUGCAGGACUUGAGAGCAAAACCUAAAUACUUCUGUCAGUUUGCAACACUGGUACAGCUUGGUGUAAAUAGAUGUUACUGCCUUAAUGUGUAGAGCUGCAAACCUUCUCUUUUUCAAUCUAUGAAAAGAAUGACAAUAAAAUGAUGAUAUUCUCCUC